AUGCCAACAAUGAAUGAGUUAAAUGUUUGUGUAGAUCAGCUCCAACCUAGUGAGUUUCAGUGUUGGGGAGAAAAAGUUGGUGGGUCUAUAAGAACAUGGAAAAAAAGAUAUUUUGUAUUAAAAGAUAGAAGAAUAUGGUACUUUUCAUCAUGUAAAGACAAAGCAGCAAAGGGGUAUAUUGAUGUUCCAAUAGGAACAGAAGUUAAUGACGUAUCAGGAGCUAAAAUUGCUAAACAUAAACCAUUUGCUAUGACGAUCAAUUCAAAAGGACCAAAGGGCUAUAGACUUUUCGUUAUUAUUUGUGACAAUGAAACAGAUUUUAAAAAAUUCUUUGAACAUAUAAAAGCUCAAACACAAGAACAAAAAGUUCCUGUUUCUCGUAUUAUUCCAUCAAGUAUUGUUCCAUCCUCAAUGAUUCAAACUCCUUCUCUUCAACCAGGUACUCUUUUAAAUAUUGAUGCAAGUAUUGCUAAUUAUACAACAAGUGAUGGAAGAAAAAAUUUAGAACAUGUAAAAAAUUAUUUUAAUUGGGUAGACUCUGAUGAUAAUUUAACUAAAUACUGGAAAUAUUGGACAGAUAAUCUUCCAACAAAAACUUCUAAACCACCAUUAUUGAAAGGUGAAGCAGUUCAUUAUACAAUCUCUGUUUCCUCAAAAGCUGAUCAUUUAAAAUGGAGGGCAUUUGGGAAUCAGAGACCAAUGAUUAAUCCAAUGGCAAAUUUUUUUAUUGGUGUUGGAGUACAACAAGAAGAAAUAGAACGUAUAGAUGAAUUUGGGAGCCUUGUUAGACCUCAAAUUAUUGGUUCUAUGAUUGAAAUUACUAAAAAUUUUGGAAUGAGUGAAAAUUGGUUUUUUGCAGGAAAAUUUGAUAUUUCAUUAAUUAGACAAUUAUCAGAAGAUGGGAACUUUACUGACAGAUUAUUUGAGUGGUUAGCUGAAUCUCAUAUUAAUGAAUUUUGUCAAUUUGGACGAGAAAUCAAUGAAAAUCCACCUGUUCAAUCUACUUUUCACUUUUUAAUUGAAGGAGAGAUGUCAUCCAGAGUCAAUCAAUUACUUCGUGCUACUCAAAAAUUUGGAUUUCCACCAAUUCCAAAUCCUAUACUAAAUAUCUUUAAAGGAUUGAAUCAAUAUUAUACUUAUUUUGUUUUUGGUGUGACUCUUUGUAAUCAAGGAUUCGUUAGAUUUUCCGCUAUGAUUGCUGACCCUACAGAUGAUGUUGUUUUAUCCUUAUUAGAUGCAGUUCAUGUUCCUCAAGAGAUAAGAAAAAUUCACAUGUCUUUAUUAAAAGACCAUACAAUUUCUGUUCGUUAUGUGGAGUAUUCAUAUCUUAAAAAUGGAUGUGGGCGUGGAACUUUUAAUGAAGGUUCAGAUGUCUAUGUUCAAUACUAUUUUGGUUCAGAUGCUCAAUAA